GUUAGUUGUGGAUACAUUAUGUCACCUUAGUUUUCUCCCGAUACAUAUAUGUCGGAUCCAUUAGUUUAGCCUUAAAUGAAGUUCGCUGAGAGACUGAAUGCUCAUCUCACUCCAGAAUGGAGGACUCAGUACAUAGAUUACGAUGAAUUAAAGGAACACCUUUAUAAAUAUACACAAGUUUUGGAAACUCUUCCGUGUAAGUUAGUUUUUUGUAUACAUCACUUUCAACAUAGUUUUCUCUGAGGAAGAGACCAAAGCAUUUUUGGAUGAAUGUGACGAAGAAUUUUUUAACCUAUGUGAAAGUGCCUUGAGGAAGAUUGAGGUGUUUUUUUCUGAGAAGAUUGCUGAAGCUAAUCGAAAGUUCACCACUUUAGUAGAUGAACUUGAUAACUACAUCGAGUCUACUCAUCAUAAAUCAAUCAGUUGGAUUACAGGUUCUAAAGUCUCACUUUCCAGAAGAUUAACAGAAUCAUUCGGAAGAGAAGGUGAUAAGUGUAGGGUGUCUGUAAGGGAAAAUGGUUCAACUAACACACCGAUGUGGAAUAAAAUCAGCAAAAUACAGUCUGAAGAAAACUCGGAGUUACGUCGCCGUCAGAGCCGUUCAAAACAGUCUGAAAAUCCGAAAUAUGAUGCCCAAAGAUUGGACAGAAGAAAGAAGACCUUUAGAAAGUUGCAUGAUUUGAAGCUAGCUUUCAGUGAAUUUUAUCUAAGUCUUGUUUUACUGCAAAAUUAUCAAUCCCUUAAUUUCACGGGAUUCAGAAAAAUAUUGAAAAAGCAUGACAAGCUUCUCCGCCGGAACACAGGACUACUUUGGCGGCAACAGGUGGUUGAGUGUGCACACUUCAAUACUAGUAGGGAGGUUGAUGACCUUAUCACAGAGGUUGAGAAUAUAUUUACGGAGAAACUAGAACAAGGUGAUAGACAAAAAGCCAUGAAACGGCUGCGAGUGCCUCCACUUUCCGAAAAGUAUAAUCCACGUGGUUUAUUCCUUUUUGGUUUGUUUUUUGGAGUUUUUCUGGCUCAGUUUAUUGUUAUAUUGUUAACUUGUAUAUUUUUACGCCCAUUACCACCACAUUAUCUCCCAGCUUUAAGAUUAUUUCGUGGAACAUUUCUCCUUAUAUUCUUUCUUUGUUUAUUUGGUGUAAAUACAUAUGGAUGGCGUUCAUCUGGUGUAAAUAAUGUCCUUAUUUUUGAAUUGGAUCCAAGAACACAUUUAGAUCAUUUUCAAUUAUUACAGAUUUCAUUCUUCUUUGCUAUGAUUUGGGGGUGUGCGCUGAUUUAUUUCUUAUUUAGUGAAGUACUACAUUCACCUGGAUAUGCAUCACCAUUGGUACUUGUUUCAUUCAUGACACUUUACUUAGUCAAUCCGUUUAGUUUUGCUCAUUCCAAAGCACGUCGUUGGUUAUUACGGGUAUUAGGACGAAUUAUCAGAGCACCAUUUGCAAAAGUUUCUUUCGCAGAUUUUUGGCUAGCGGAUCAACUAACUAGUUUAAGUUUCAUAUUUCCAGAUAUAGCUUAUUUUAUUUGUUUUUAUUCAUCACAAAUUGAUUGGGCUAAUGGAAUGAGUUACAAACCACAAAAUUCUUCUUCUUUGACAUUACCUUCACUAGUUAUGGGACAUAAUAGUCAAUAUUCUAAUUCAACACGUUUAACAAUUCCUUCUUGUGCUUCUCAUUCAAAUGAAAUUAUAGCUAAUAGCUGUCAAUGUGAAGGUAUUCUUUUCGGUUUGGAUCCAAUUUUAAAGGUGUUACCGUCUUGGUUUCGAUUUGCCCAGUGUUUGAGGCGUUAUCGAGACAUGGAUGUUAAAAAAGCCAAUCCUCAUUUAUUAAACGCAGGGAAAUAUUCUACAGCAUUUCUAGUAUCUACUUGUGGUGUCUGGCUGGCAUUCGAUCGAGGUACUUUGCCAUUGGUAGCUUAUAUUAUAUCUAGUAUUAUACGAUCUGGUUACACAUAUGCAUGGGAUAUUCUUAUGGAUUGGGGUUUAUUAGAUUGUCGGUCAGAAGAUAAACUAUUACGUGAUGAACUAGUCUACAGAUAUAGAGGUUAUUAUUUCUUUGCAAUAAUUGAAGAUUUUGUGCUCCGUUUAACAUGGAUCGCUCGUCUAAGUUUUGAACGUAUUGGAUUUGCACGGAUGGAAAUUAUCACAACAAUAUUUUUGACAACUGAAGUUAUUCGACGUUUUAUAUGGAAUUUCUUUCGUUUGGAGAAUGAACAUUUGAAUAAUUGCGGUCAAUUUAGAGCUGUUCGUGAUAUAUUUAUUACACCUCUACCUAAACGGCCGCCAAGAACAUCAUCGUUAACAACAUUUGGAAAUUCUAAUUCUCAUAGUGUAUUUAGUUCGAAAUUGGCUCGACCAAAUGUUCACUCGAAAUAUUCAGGGAAACCGGUUGGAUAUUCUCCGGAUGAUGGCCGAAGAAGUGUACCUGAUUUUACACGAGAUAAAUCUUUUAAUUCACCACAUAAACCCAGUCAUUUCCAAGCAUCUGACUCAUUAAGAUCUAGAAGAACAUAUGACGUUAAGGAUACUGAGCACGAAAACUAUUUAACAGAAAUUAAAACCUCUAUGGAAGACAACGAUUUGUUUUCACAAGAGGAAAAACAGGAAAAUCCAUUUCAUCGAUUUUGGAGACAUAUGAGAUCGUUAGGAAAAAGUUCAUCUCAUUCGAAACAUAGUAAUCAUCAAUUUGACGCUAAUUACGAGUUGUCGAUCAAUGAAAUCUCUGAUAACCCAAUCGAAAAUAAACCUACAUUUACCUUAUUUAUUGAUGAUGCAGAUGACAAUAAUCUUCCGAAUACAUCUAAUCAAAUGCCAGCUUCAUUUAAUUCCAGAGAGGAGCAUUCUUCAUUAGAGAAAUCAAAUGAAAUCUCACCAGUAAAAUCGAAUUCUAAUCAACCAAGUGCUUCUAAGUCUCAUCCUUAUAUAAGGGAAAGACGUGUUCUUAUACUGAAUCACCAGACAGAUAAUGAAUCUGGAGAACCUUAUGAAAAGUGCAGGCUUGAUCCGACUCAGGAGAUCAUAAAAGAUUAUUCAUCAUCUCCGCUAAAAAAAUUACCGCCGAAAUCUAUUUUAACAUCAGGUAGAAAGUUAGGUAUUUGUGAUCAUCAGCCGGUAGAUCAAUGUACAUUAAAUGUCGAUGACAAUGAGAAUAAAUCAAAUAAUCCAUGUGAUUCUGUAACCAAUUCUAAUCGUAAUGCAUUUGAACAAUUUUUGAAAAUGCAUGAUAAUUUAUCAUCUAUCAAUGAAUUAGGUCAUUCAAAUACGUCAGUAUCUCAUAUUAAUCAAGGUUUUGUUGGAUCUAAUCAACCGGACAAUGAAUUACCUAAUACAUUUAAUAAUAAUAAUACUGUAAUUAAUGAUUGUCAAAUAAUAAUAAGGGAUCCAUCACAUAUGGGAAUCGUUCAACAUGAAAAUGAGUCACAGUAUACUAUUCCUGUUACGUUGAUUUCUAACAGUGAAUCUAAUCAAAAUUUAUCAACUACUACACAACUAAUGGAUAGUAAACAUGGGUUAUAGAAUGAAAAAUGAAUUCAUUGAAAUUAUCAGUUCAUAAAGGAUACACACAGCAGAAUAGUGAAAACCUUGGUCAAUAUGAACCGCAAAUUCUCAAUAAGUUCAACUUUAAUUAUAGUUUUUAUGGUUCCAUAUCAAAUGUUAUUUAUCCUCACAAUCCGUUGACUCCUAGUCAGUGUGAGAAAUAUGUUUUAAAUGAGUCACAGUUCAAAUGUUAUUGUAGCAGAUGUUGCUUGCUCUUAUACUUCAUAUGUGUCAAGUGGAAUCCCUACUCAAUGCUAUGAUGAAUCAUUUGAUAUAACAAGUAUUUGCGAAACAGUACUGAAACCAGGAUACCCAGGAAUGAUGUCGUUCACACAGUGGAAAAAUUUAAAUUUAGUCUCCAAGUUUGACAGUUCGAAAUUCAAGGUAAGGCUUAGUGCCUGUGAUGGUAAAAAUGAAGAUUUAUUUAAAAUGAGAGCGGAUGAACCUGACACUGGCUCAAAAGUUCAUACUUACCUCAGGAAUCUGAGGUCAAACGAAGAUAAAAAGCGUGUCAAUUUCACCUCACCAAAAAUGUUAAAUAUGAUCAAAUUGCAUAAAACAUUCAGCGUUUCUGGAAAACUGUAUGAUAAGUCAUCACAUUUCAGGAUUUGUUGUAGCUAUCUAAAAAUACUCGGCAAAUCUGAUGAUAUCUAUCUCGUUUAUUUGGACAAAGUGAAUGUCAUAUACAAAAAGGUAAACCUUAUUUCAAUAAUUCAAAGUCAUUACUAUUGUGAUAUACCUAUAUGUAAAUUACAGCCGCCUACUGAUCCGAAUUGUUAUGAAGCACAUAUAAAUGUCCUGUUCAAAUGCUUUGGAGAAAAAGCAAGCCAACAUGAAUCACAAGUAUUGUUACUGACAAAUCGAAAUGUAAAAUGUGCUUAUUCGUAUUGUGAAUGGAAUAAUGGCAUCGUAUUUUUUCGUAUGAACGAUGGAAAAAUCAUCAAUUAUAUUAUUGCCCAUACAGGUCAAUAUCAUACAAAAGGAUCCUUCAACCUUUAUGUAUACCAACACACCCCUUAUACUUCCAUAUGAUGAAAGCGUAAGUAGUGUUGAGACAGUUCAGAUCAAUAAUCACAUUAUUUGUAACAUGCGUAUGUGAAGAUCUAACGUUGUUUCAUGGUGGAGGAAGAAUCAUAUAUGCAUUGAACGAAUGAACACAACAAGAAAUCAGAUGGUUCAAUAGAUUUCUUUUUCAAAUGAAGCUAAAAAAAGCUGAAGCAUGAUCGGACGAGAUCCCAGCGAGUACGAAAAAGUACAACAACCUUUCGAAUAGGCUCUCCACGGAAAACGUAUUCUUACGUAAUUCAUUAAAAAAGAAAGGGAGCUGAUAUGACGGGAUUAAAAAACGAAAUUACAUUCUUUUACUCAUUGUAAUCUUUGUUCAACAUUACUUCCGUUUUAAUUCAAUAUGAUAAUUACUCAAUGUAGUAUUUGGUUUUGUUUUCUCGUAUAACAUACGAUAUUCUAAUAUUCAGUUGACCUAAACUAUGUUCAGCAUAACAUGUACCAUGUGAUUCAGUUAUAACUCUGGGUAUUUUUCAUAUAUAUGAUUUCAUCCUAAUCAUUAAUUAGAAUGGGUAUACAAUCAAUAUAGAAAUAAGUUUAUUUUCGAUUAGAGUUGUUGUGUUUUAAGUUCAAUAAAUCAUCAUUUGUAC